AUGGAAGAUAUAAUUUUUAUUGGAGACUGGAUAAAAGACCGAGUGUUAGGGUCCGGCAGUUUCGGUAUCGUCGUUUUGUGGAAGCACAAAACUAGUGAAGAAAAACUAGCUAUCAAGACUUGCAAAUGGGGUGAUGAACUAACUGCUAAACAUAGAGAAAGAUGGACUAAAGAAGUGGAAAUGCUGCAGACCUGCAGUCAUCCAAAUAUUGUGGGUACAAAGACUUUACCUAAAGAGUUUAUCGCUGGCCUUGUGCCUGUUAAUCCAUCGAAAUUGCCUAUAUUAUGCAUGGAAUAUUGCGGUGGCGGCGAUUUGCGUCAAUUGUUAAACAAACCCGAUGCGUCAUGCGGCUUAAAAGAAGUUAAGGUCCGAAAAAUCCUUAGUGACAUUGGCAGUGCAAUGCAAUUCCUCCACAGCAACAAGAUAACCCAUCGUGACCUUAAACCAGAAAACAUAGUUUUGUAUCAACCAAAUGGAACAAAGGAGGCUGAAGAAAACAUUGUUUAUAAGAUAAUUGAUCUGGGCUAUGCUAAGGAAAUUGAUUCAAAUUCAAUAUGUGCCAGCUUUGUUGGAACGCUGCAGUAUUUGGCACCAGAGAUUUUUUAUAGUAAAACAUACAGUAAUUCUGUAGACUUCUGGUCAUUAGGUUUAAUUGCUUUUGAGAUCAUCUGUGGGACACGUCCAUUUCUUCCUCUGAAAGCACCCGUGGAAUGGAUGCCACAUGUUAAGAAAAAGCAACAUGACAACAUUUGCGUUUUUGAGACAUUUCAUGGUGAUAUUGAGUAUUCUAAUGAGAUAUUUGCAGAAAAUCACAUAUCAAAACCUUUUAAGGCUUUAAUAGAGGAUUGGCUCAAGGUUGCUCUAGAGUGGGACCCAAAAUUAAGAGGAAGGGAUGCACCAUCCAAAGUCACAUUCAACAUACCUUGUGACAACAAUGAAACAGGAAUGGCAAGUAAGGUUAUUAUAUUUGACCUAUUACAGAACAUUUUAAGAAGGAAAAUCAUUAAAAUCUUCUGCUUAUCUACAAUAUCAAAAUUAGCAUUUGAAAUUGAUUCAGGAACCACUAUUGGUAUGCUAAAAGAAUUUAUUGUCAAAGAAACAUGUAUAGCAGUUGAGGAUCAAAUGCUAAUAUCGCAAGUUAACUUUAUAGAUAUUCUUAACGAUGAGCAGGUUAUAAAGUAUUGGAAUGAAAACAGUGCUAUUAUGCUAUUUUUGUAUAAUAGAAAACAUAUGAUACAAGAAAAUACUUCACCAACUGUUCCCAUAGCAAUUCAAAGAUGCCUUGAACAUCCAAAAGCUUUAUACAAUUAUAGAAACAGCCAAACACUGUAUCGCAAUGCAAUUUACUUUGUAAAUACCCAAAUGGAGAACUAUGAUUUGAUUAUAAAUGCAAUGUUUAUAAGGGCAGAGUCUUUGAAACAAGAAAGUAAACAUCUUCUUUUGAAACAUAAUAAUAUUGACAAAACUAUUGGAAAGCUGUAUGCUAAAGUUGAAAUUAUUAAAUCAAUGAUUGAAAUGGGCGAGAAACAUAUCACAGGUCUCAAAGAGAGUAACACUGGUACAAAUAUUUUAGGGGGCUUUGAACAGUCAUUUAAAGCUGGCCAUGAAUUAGCAGAUAAAGUUGAGAAGUUAAGUACGGCCUGGGCACAAUUAUCAGUCCGCCUCCAAUCAGCUGCCAGGCGCAGUAAUGAAGGGAUUUCAAAUGAUCUCAAUAAUUUUGUAGGUAGAAAUAAUUACCAAGCAAUAUUUACAAAUGCCUAUAAAACAUUUUUAUCUCAUAAGAAGAGUGAUUUUUAUAAUUCCAACCGAGAAAAAGAAAAACAAUGUUCUGAAAUUGUAAGAGUAUGCUAUGAUUGUUUGAAAUUGAGAAGUAAAAUUCUUCAGGAAUUACAGAAUCACCAAUUUCUAUUGAAACUCAAAGAUUUAUCUGUAGAAUUUGGAAAGAUUGCAGACAUUAUUACCAAAGCUAAUGAGAAUAUUGAUAAGUUGAGUAAGUUUUUAGUUGAGUUUACAGAAGAAUUUACAAAUUGCAUUUGGUCUACAAUAACUGUUGUGGUUCGAGAUGCAGAGAAUAUUUCAGAUCUUCCAUAUAGUGUUGUUUCAUACCAAAAAAGGGACUUUAAAGUUGGUGAGCCAGUGAAUAAUCAGUUACAAACAUUGCUUGUUAAUGAUAAUGAGAUCAAGUCUGUAGUGGAGGAGAGUUUGAUGUUAAGACAGAAUCAAAUGAUGCUAUGUAAAAAGUUAAAUACUCAAAAGAAUGUAUUACACAAUUCAAUAUUUGACUUUAGUUUCUUGAAUGAGAAUUAA